AUGAGCCCGCCCCAUUCUCCCUCCUUCCAUCACCUCGGCCCAUUCUCCUUCCUUCCAUCACCCUGCCCCAUUCUCCCGCUUUCCAUCACCCCGCCCCAUUUUCCCGUUUUCCAUCACCCCGCCCCAUUCUCCUACUUUCCAUCACCCCGCCCCAUUCUCCUGCUUUCCACCACCCCGCCCCAUUCUCCCGCUUUCCAUCACCCCGCCCCAUUCUCCCGCUUUCCAUCACCCCACCCCAUCCUCCCACCUUCUAUCACCCCGCCCCAUUCUCCCUCCUUCUAUCACCUCGCCCCAUUCUCCCGCUUUCCAUCACUCCGCCCCAUUCUCCUGCUUUCCAUCACCCCGCCCCAUUCUCCCGCUUUCCAUCACCCCGCCCCAUUCCCCCGCUUUCCAUCACCUCGCCCCAUUCUCCCGCUUUCUAUCACCCCGCCCCGUUCUCCCGCUUUCCAUCACCCCGCCCCAUUCUCCCGCUUUCCAUCACCCCGCCCCAUUCUCCCUCUUUCCAUCACCCCGCCCCAUUCUCCCUCCUUCCAUCAUUCCGCCUCAUUCUCCGCUUCCCAUAACCCCAGCCCCAUCUCCCGCUUUCCAUCACCCCGCCACUUUCUCCCACUUCAUCCCGCCCCAUUCUCCCUCCUUCCAUCACCCCGCCCCAUUCUCCCUCCUUCCAUCACCCCGCCCCAUUCUCCCGCUUUCCAUCAGCCCGCCCUAUUCUCCCGCUUUCCAUCAGCCCGCCCCAUUCUCCCGCUUUCCAUCACCCCGCCCCAUUCUCCCGCUUUCCAUCAACCUGCCCCCUUCUCCCGCUUUCCAUCACCCCGCCCCAUUCUCCCGCUUUCCAUCACCCCACCCCAUUUUCCCAUUUUCCAUCACCUCGCCCCAUUCUCCUUGCUUCCAUCACCCCGCCCCAAUCUCCCUCCUUCCAUCACCCCCCCGCCCCAUUCUCCCGCUUUCCAUCACCUCGCCCCAUUCUCCCGCUUUCCAUCAACCUGCCCCCUUCUCCCGCUUUCCAUCACCCCGCCCCAUUCUCCCGCUUUCCAUCACCCCACCCCAUUUUCCCAUUUUCCGUCACCUCGCCCCAUUCUCCUUGCUUCCAUCACCGCGCCCCAAUCUCCCUCCUUCCAUCACCCCGUCCCAUUCUCCCGCUUUCCAUCUCCCCGCCCCAUUCUUCCGCUUCCCAUCAUCCCGCCCCAUUCCCCUGCUUUCCAUCACCCCUCCCCAUUCUCCCUCCUUCCAUCACCCCGCCCCAUUCUCCCGCUUUCCAUCACCCGCCCCAUUCUCCUGCUUUCCAUCACCUCGCCCCAUUCUCCCGCUUUCCAUCACCCCGCCCCAUUCUUCUGCUUUCCAUCACCCCGCCCCAUUCACCCGCUUUCCAUCACCCGCCCCAUCUCCCGCUUUCCAUCACCCCGCCCCAUUCUCCCGCUCUCCAUCACCCCGCCCCAUUCUCCCGCUUUUCAUCACCCCGUCCCAUUCUCCCGCUUUCCAACACCCCUCCCCAUUCUCGCGCUUUCCAUCACCCCGCCCCAUUCUCCCACUUUCCAUCACCCCGCCCCAUUCUCCCUCCUUCCAUCACCGUGGCUCAUUCUCCCUCCUUCCAUCACCCCGCCCCAUUCUCCCGCUUUCCAUCACCCCGCCCCAUUCUCCCGCUUUCCAUCACCCAGCCCCAUUCUCCCGCUUUCCAUCACCCCGCCCCAUUUUCCCGCUUUCCAUCACCCCGCCCGAUUCUCCCGCUUUCCAUCACCCCGCCCCAUUCUCCCGCUUUCCAUCACCCUGCCCCAUUCUCCCGCUUUCCAUCACCCCGCCCCAUUCUCCCUCCUUCCAUCACCCCGCCCCAUUCUUCCGCUUUCCAUCACCCCGCCCCAUUCUCCCGCUUUCCAUCACCCAGCCCCAUUCUCCCGCUUUCCAUCACCCCGCCCCAUUUUCCCGCUUUCCAUCACCCCGCCCGAUUCUCCCGCUUUCCAUCACCCCGCCCCAUUCUCCCGCUUUCCAUCACCCCGCCCCAUUCUCCCGCUUUCCAUCACCCCGCCCCAUUCUCCCUCCUUCCAUCACCCCGCCCCAUUCUCCCGCUUUCCAUCACCCCGCCCCAUUCUCCCGCUUUCCAUCACCCAGCCCCAUUCUCCCGCUUUCCAUCACCCCGCCCCAUUUUCCCGCUUUCCAUCACCCCGCCCGAUUCUCCCGCUUUCCAUCACCCCGCCCCAUUCUCCCGCUUUCCAUCACCCCGCCCCAUUCUCCCGCUUUCCAUCACCCCGCCCCAUUCUCCCUCCUUCCAUCACCCCGCCCCAUUCUCCCGCUUUCCAUCACCCCGCCCCAUUCUCCCUCCUUCCAUCACCCCGCCCCAUUGUCCCGCUUUCCAUCACUCUGCCCCAUUCUCCCGCUUUCCAUCACCCCGCCCCAUUCUCCCGCUUUCCAUCACCCCGCCCCAUUCUCCCUCCUUCCAUCACCCUGGCUCAUUCUCCCUCCUUCCAUCACCCCGCCCCAUUCUCCCGCUUUCCAUCACCCCGCCCCAUUCUCCCGCUUUCCAUCACCCAGCCCCAUUCUCCCGCUUUCCAUCACCCCGCCCCAUUUUCCCGCUUUCCAUCACCCCGCCCGAUUCUCCCGCUUUCCAUCACCCCGCCCCAUUCUCCCGCUUUCCAUCACCCCGCCCCAUUCUCCCGCUUUCCAUCACCCCGCCCCAUUCUCCCUCCUUCCAUCACCCCGCCCCAUUCUCCCGCUUUCCAUCACCCCGCCCCAUUCUCCCUCCUUCCAUCACCCCGCCCAAUUCUCCCUCCUCCCAUUACCCUGCCCCAUUCUCCCGCUUCCCAUAACCCCACCCCAUUCUCCCGCUUUCCAUCACCCUGCCACAUUCUCCCACUUUCCAUCACUCCGCCCCCUUCUCCCUCCUUCCAUCACCCUGCCCCAUUCUCCCGCUUUCCACCACCCCGCCCCAUUCUCCCGCUUUCCAUCACCCCGCCCCAUUCUCCCGCUUUCCAUCACCCCACCCCAUCUCCCACCUUCUAUCACCCCGCCCCAUUCUCCCUCCUUCCAUCACCCCGCCCCAUUCUCCCGGUUUCCAUCACCUCGCCCCAUUCUCCCGCUUUCCAUCACCCCGCCCCGUUCUCCCGCUUUCCAUCACCCCGCCCAAUUCUCCCGCUUUCCAUCACCCCGCCCCAUUCUCCCGCUUUCUAUCACCCCGCCCAAUUCUCCUGCUUUCCAUCACCCCGCCCCAUUCCCCUGCUUUCCAUCACCCCGCCCCAUUCUCCCGCUUUCCAUCACCCCUCCCCGUUCUCACGCUUUCCAUCACCCCGCCCAAUUCUCCCGCUUUCCAUCACCCCGCCCCAUUCUCCUGCUUUCCAUCACCCUGCCCCAUUCUCCCUCUUUCCAUCACCCCGCCCCAUUUUCCUUCCUUCCAUCACCCCGCCCAAUUCUCCGCUUCCCAUAACCCCAGCCCCAUCUCCCGCUUUCCAUCACCCCGCCACAUUCUCCCACUUUCCAUCACCCCGCCCCAUUCUCCCUCCUUCCAUCACCCCGCCCCAUUCUCCCUCCUUCCAUCACCCCGCCCCAUUCUCCCGCUUUCCAUCUCCCCGCCCCAUUCUCCCGCUUUCCAUCACCCUGCCCCAUUCUUCCGCUUUCCAUCACCCCGCCCCAUUCUUCCGCUUCCCAUCAUCCCACCCCAUUCCCCCGCUUUCCAUCACCCCUCCCCAUUCUCCCUCCUUCCAUCACCCCGCCCCAUUCCCCAACUUUCCAUCACCCGCCCCAUUCUCCUGCUUUCCAUCACCUCGCCCAAUUCUCCUGCUUUCCAUCACCCCGCCCCAUUCUUCUGCUUUCCAUCACCCCGCCCCAUUCUCCCGCUUUCCAUCACCCCGCACCAUUCACCCGCUUUCCAUCACCCGCCCCAUCUCCCGCUUUCCAUCACCCCGCCCCAUUCUCCCGCUCUCCAUCACCCCGCCCCAUUCUCCCGCUUUUCAUCACCCCGCCCCAUUCUCCCGCUUUCCAACACCCCUCCCCAUUCUCCCGCUUUCCAUCACCCCGCCCCAUUCUCCCGCUUUCCAUCACCCCGCCCCAUUGUCCCGCUUUCCAUCACUCUGUCCCAUUCUCCCGCUUUCCAUCACCCCGCCCCAUUCUCCCGCUUUCCAACACCCCGCCCCAUUCUCCCUCCUUCCAUCACCCCGCCCCAUUCUCCCGCUUUCCAUCACCCCGCCCCAUUCUCCCGCUUUCCAUCACCCAGCCCCAUUCUCCCGCUUUCCAUCACCCCGCCCCAUUUUCCCGCUUUCCAUCACCCCGCCCGAUUCUCCCGCUUUCCAACACCCCGCCCCAUUCUCCCGCUUUCCAUCACCCCGCCCCAUUCUCCCGCUUUCCAUCAACCCGCCCCUUUCUCCCGCUUUCCAUCUCCUCGCCCCAUUCUCCCGCUUUCCAUCACCCAGCCCCAUUCUCCCGCUUUCCAUCACCCCGCCCCAUCUUCGCGCUUUCCAUCACCCUGCCGCAAUCUCCCGCUUUCCAUCACCCUGCCCCAAUCUUCCGCUUUCCAUCACCCCGCCCCAUUCUCCCUCCUUCCAUCACCCCGCCCCAUUCUCCCGCUUUCCAUCACCCCGCCCCAUUCUCCAGCUUUCCAUCACCCUGCCCCAUUCUCCCGCUUUCCAUCACCCCGCCCCAUUCUCCCUCCUUCCAUCACCCCGCCCCAUUCUCCCGCUUUCCAUCACCCCGCCCCAUUCUCCCUCCUUCCAUCACCCCGCCCCAUUCUCCCGCUUUCCAUCAUCCCGCCCCAUUCUCCCUCCUUCCAUCACCCCGCCCAUUCUCCCUCCUUCCAUCACCCCGCCCCAUUCGCCCGCUUUCCAUCACCCCGCCCCAUUCUCCCGCUUUCCAUCACCCCGCCCCAUUCUCCCUCCUUCCAUCACCCCGCCCCAUUCUCCCGCUUUCCAUCAUCCCGCCCCAUUCUCCCGCUUUCCAUCACCCCUCCCCUUUCUCCCGCUUUCCAUCUCCCCGCCCCAUUCUCCCGCUUUCCAUCACCCCGCCCCAUUCUUCCGCUUCCCAUCAUCCCGCCCCAUUCCCCCGCUUUCCAUCACCCCUCCCCAUUCUCCCUCCUUCCAUCACCCCGCCCCAUUCUUCGGCUUUCCAUCACCCGCCCCAUUCUCCUGCUUUCCAUCACCUCGCCCCAUUCUCCCGCUUUCCAUCACCCCGCCCCAUUCUUUUGCUUUCCAUCACCCCGUCCCAUUCUCCCGCUUUCCAUCACCCUGCCCCAUUCACCCGCUUUCCAUCACCCGCCCCAUUCUCCCGCUUUCCAUCACCCCGCCCCAUUCUCCCGCUUUCCAUCACCCACCCCAUUCUCCCGCUUUCCAUCACCCCGCCCCAUUCUCCCGCUUUCCAUCACUUCGCCCCAUUCUCCCGCUUUCCAUCACUCCGACCCAUUCUCCCGCUUUCCAUCACCCCGACCCAUUCUCCCACUUUCCAUCACCCCGCCCCAUUCUCCCUCCUUCCAUCACCCUGCCUCAUUCUCCCUCCUUCCAUCACCCCGCCCCAUUCUCCCGCUUUCCAUCACCUCGCCCCAUUCUCCCGCUUUCCAUCACCCAGCCCCAUUCUCCCGCUUUCCAUCACCCCGCCCCAUUUUCCCGCUUUCCAUCACCCCGCCCCAUUCUCCCGCUUUCCAUCACCCUGCCCCAAUCUCCCGCUUUCCAUCACCCCGCCCCAUUCUCCCUCCUUCCAUCACCCCGCCCCAUUCUCCCGCUUUCCAUCACCCCGCCCCAUUCUCCUGCUUUCCAUCACCCAGCCCCAUUCUCCCGCUUUCCAUCACCCCGCCCCAUUCUCCCGCUUUCCAUCACCCCACCCCAUUCUCCCUCCUUCCAUCACCCCGCCCCAUUCUCCCACCUUCCAUCAUCUCGCCCCAUUCUCCCGCUUUCCAUCACCCCGGCCCAUUCUCCCUCCUUCCAUCACCCCGCCCUAUUCUCCCUCCUUCCAUCACCCCGCCCCAUUCCCCCGCUUUCCAUCACCCCGCCCCAUUCUCCCGCUUCCCAUAACCCCACCCCAUUCUCCCGCUUUCCAUCACCCCGCCACAUUCUCCUGCUUUCUAUCACCCCGCCCCAUUCUCCCUCCUUCCAUCACCCCGCCCCAUUCUCCCGCUUUCCAUCACCCCGUCCCAUUCUCCCGAUUUCCAUCACCCCGCUCCAUUCUCCCGCUUUCCAUCACCCCGCCCCAUUCUCCCGCUUUCCAUCACCCCGCCCCAUUCUCCCGCUUUCCAUCAUCCCGCCCCAUUCUCCCUCCUUCCAUCACCCCGCCCCGGUCCAGGAGCUUGCCCGGUCCAGGAGCGUGCCUGGUCCACGAGCCUGCUUGGUCCAGGAUCUUGCCUGGUCCAUGAGCUUGCCUGGUCCAGGAGCUUGCCUGGUCCAGGAGCUUGCGUGGUCCAGGAGCUUCCCUGGCCCAGGAGCUUGCCUGGUCUAA